CAUAUUUAUUAUAUGAAUUGAAUAAAAAUUUAACUGUAUAUAACCUUUAUAUCUUUGUUGUCUUGCACUAAUUUGAAGACAAAAUAGAAACAAAGAAAUAGUUUCAAUUGUUUUUCUGAUGUAGCAGGCAAUUAUUUCUAGUUAGUUAACCAAUCUGUUUGUUUGUCUUUGAAGAAGCUGAAUCAUGGUAGCAAGAAAAUUCACUAUAUAAAAGAAUAUUAAGUUUGCCAUGAAUAUUUGAAUAUUUGCGUUCUUUUCAAAGAAAAAAGAGGUAACAAAUUUAUUUUUUUUUUUAUUAAUAUUUCAAGUAUUUUUCAGUGUAUAAAAGAAAUUUGGUCAAUCAAUACGUAUUAUAUUUUUGUUUUACCUAUUUUAUCAUAAGUAAAAAUUAUAAAAUGUUAUUAAACAAUAUCCACUGUAAUUCAUAACAUACAAUUAUAUAUAUCAUAAUUUUAUAAUGGCACUUUAUAUAUUUUUGUACAUGAUAAAUAUAAUGGUUAUAAGUAUUUGUAAUUGAUUGUUACAUUAUUUAAUUUAUGUUAAGAAUUUAAUUUGCAGCAAUAAAAUAUGUCAAAGCCAGAAUCAAUUAGUACCUUAAGUGAUCAUGAAGAUGAUAUUGACAAUUUGGAUGGUUCUAUGCUAUGGUCUCAAGAGGAGCCACUUUCUUCUAACGAAAUAUUAGAAUUAUCGGCGCAAGAUGAAAAAGAAAACAGCUUAUUUUCUUUUUGUCGAUUAUGUGCUGGUCAAACCACUAAUCCAAUAUAUAUCUAUUCGGAAUUUGGAGAAUCAAUGAAACUGGCACAUAAAAUAAAUACAUGCUUAAGUGUUAAGAUUAAGAAGACAGACCCAUUGCCAAAGCAGCUUUGUUCGACAUGUGUUGAGAAAGUAAACUGGUAUGACAAAUUUGAUGCACAAUGCAUUAAAGCAGAGGAAAUUCUGUCAACAAUGCUAAAGGAAAAGCAGUCUUUUAAUAUUUCUAAUGGAGUCCUUUCUGACCAGCAAUCCUGUCCCUUAUGCAUAAAUGGCUUCAUGAAUAUGUGUGAAGAGACUUUUCAGUAUACGAAGGAUAUGGAAUUAUAUGAAAAUAUAAUUCUAGAUAGCAGUGACGAGGAGAAUGUAUUCAACAAUGCCAAGGUUGAUAAGAAAAGUGGUGGAAUUUGUUCUAUCACCUUACAAUGCUUGGGAACCAGGCAGAAAUAUCUAAAAUGUGGAGCGUGCAUGAAUCUUUAUCAUACCGAGGAGACACUAAACAGUCAUAAAUGUAAGCCCAGUAUGCAGAAUACAACAAAACCGUACCAAUGUCUUGUAUGUGACAAGACAUUUACUUUCGAAGAACGAUUAAAUUUUCACAUGCAAUUUCACAAAGGUGCGAAAGCAUUGUAUUGCGAGGUCUGUAAGAUAACGUUCGGUAAAGAGCUGAAGCUGUUCUACCAUUACAAAAGACAACAUUCUAAGGAGAUUAGUGUCUCGUGUCUACAAUGUGGAAAAUUAUUCGAGAAUCAGGAAGCGCUUCGAGUGCACGUUUGCGUUGACGGUAAAAAUCGACCUCAUAUUUGCGAAGUGUGCAACAAAGGCUUUUUUGAUGGCUACACUCUGAAGCGUCACGUAGUGACACACCUGCCUGAGAAGCCUUACAAAUGCUCGGAAUGCUCAAAGAGUUUUACACAGAAAUCGAGAUUGAACAAGCAUGUCGCGAGCCACUGCAUAGUUAUCGAGAACAGCCAGACGGUCUGGAAAUGCGUCCAGUGUGGUGAGGUAUUCACCUCUUGCGACGAUGCAGAUAUUCAUUACAAGAUAAUACACGAGGACAAGAUCACGCUGAUCGAGGAACUGGUGGCAUCCAAGCUGUAUCAUUGCGAGUUUUGCAACAGCCAUUUUACCAACGCGGACAACUUGAACAUUCAUCAAAAAUGUCACGUUGUCGAAAAACCCUACACAUGUAAUACCUGUAUGGCCACUUAUAAAUCAUUCGCGGAAGCUGUUUUACAUUGGAAGGAACAUCCCAGACUGUUUAAAGUUCUCGUCGUCUUCUUGUGCGACGUCUGUAAUAAGGACAUGAAGGAAUUAUCCCUGCUGUACAAGCACAAGCAAAAUCGGCACGACCAUGCAUCCAGAUUAUCAGAAUCGGGCGACGCAAAAUUCAUCUGCGAACUCUGCGGGACUGUGUUCGACAAAAGCGAGGAUAUACAGGAUCACGGACGAGAUCAAUGUUCCAAGUUUCCCUGUGACAUUUGUGGCAGCCUGCUGCCUACGGCAAACUCCUUGAAUGCACACAAAAGGCGGCAUAACGGAUUGAGACCAUAUGUUUGUAACAUUUGCGGAAAGAGUUAUACUCAGUCCAGCCACAUGUGGACUCACAAGAGAUUCCACAUGGGCAUCAAGCCUUACGCCUGCGAAUAUUGCGAGCAGCGUUUCACGAUAAAGCCGGACUUGGCGGAUCACAUUAGGAAGAAGCACACGAGGGAAAGGCCGUUCAAGUGCGACGUCUGCAACAAGGCUUUCCUGACCGGAUCCGUCUUUUAUCAGCACAGAUUGAUACACCGUGGUGAUCGUAGAUACAAGUGCCACUAUUGCGAGAAGGCCUUCACCAGGACGGAGGCUUUGAACAAUCACAUCAAGAUACACACUGGGGAAAAGCCGCAUUCGUGCGACGUAUGCGGCAGAUGCUUCAGACAGAAGGGAGAUAUGAGGAAACACAGACGCACGAAGCACGCUUCUGAACAGAACAAAUCUUGAGGAUUGUCGCGUCUCUCUCUCUCUCUCUCUCUCUCUCUCUCUUUCUCUCUCUCUCUCAUUCAUACGGAGUCAUUAUUAUUCUUUCGUUUUUGCAUUUUAAUUAUUUAUACUGAUAAGGAAUUAAAUAUGUACAAUAUAUUUGUGCAAAAAUAAUUAUUUACUAUAGCAGAUUCAUAUCGAUUAUUAUUACAUAAACUAUAAUAGCUUUCUCAAUAAAUAGUAAAAUAAAAUAUUUGAACAAUAUGAUGUUGAAUUACUAU